AUGCCCCCAUCCAUGCCUCUCACCAAGAGGUUCUCAUACGGAGACAUGUGUCUCUUCGCCGCGGCCAUCUGGGUGGGUAUGCCGCAGCAGGACGGGCAGAUUCAAGCGCUGCAGAUACUGCGAUCGGCGGUACCGAGUGAGGCUUCCGCAGCGACGGAGGCGACGCUCGGGCUGCAGGUGGCGGCGGUACGCGACUUUAUUAGUAGCGUAUUUGCGUUGAGGGAGUGCGAAGAUGUCGCUCGCGUUCCGUGGCCUUCCAGAACUGCGCGUACUGCCGGCGAAUGGGCCGUCGCUCCCCCUCCUAGCAACGGGGGUGAGGAGCCACAUUUAAAACUAGCCGACACCCGCGGCUUCGUCUGCGUCGUC